ACAGGAACACAGCCUAUUGGUUCCCUAGGCUCAAUCUCUCCUAGUAGUUAUGGAAGCGUGAAAGAUUUGUGCCCUGCAAAGUUUGGCUUCAAACAUUUUCUUCAUCUUAUUCCUAAUGAAGCAACUAUCUGCAGCUUGCUGCUCUGCAGCAGAAACGACACUGCUUGGAAUGAGCUGAAGCUCACAUGUCAAACCGCACUGCAUGUUCUGCAGUUGACAAUCAAGGAACCAAGUGUUUUGUUGGGAGGUGGCUGUACUGAAACUCAUUUGGCAGCAUAUAUCAGACACAAGACUUGUAACGAGCCAGAAAGCAUUCUCAAAGAUGAUGGAUGUACUCAAACAGAACUUCAAUUAAUCACUGAAGCAUUCUGCAGUGCAUUAGAAUCUGUUGCUGGCUCUUUAGAACAUGAUGGAGGUGAAGUUCUUACUGACAUGAAGUAUGGACACUUUUGGUCCGCUCAGGCAGAGUCUCCCUCUGUUGUUAAGUGGCCAGAUUUGCUUUCAAGAUGUGGCUGUGGACUAUACAAUAGCCAGGAAGAACUCCACUGGUCUUUCUUGAAGACUACUCGGCAUCCCUUUGCACCACAAACUUGCCUUCCACAUGAAGCUACGGGCUCAGCCAACAACCUGACCUUGGACUGUUUUACUGCUAAGCUUAGUGGCCUGCAGGUGGCUGUGGAGACAGCCAAUUUGAUUUUGGAUCUUUCAUGUAUCAUUGAAGAUAAAAACUGAUAGCAUAGCAUAUUUAUGUUACAAACAAACAAACAAAAAACCUAGUCAGGUGUCAGUUAAGAAAAAUAUUGAGUGUAUUUUUUUCUCUCCCAAAGGCCUGUUCUGCAUAUUUGGAUAGAUUAUUCAUAAAAUUAUAGAGGUACUUAUAUAAUGGGGAAAAGUCUGAUUUUUAAAUAGAAAUACCAUAGAAUAUGAAAACUAUGAAGCAUUAUUAUUAAAGGUAUUAUAGUUAUCUUAGGGUUUCCACAGAUGCCACUGUGUAUUGUUCUAAAUUUUUGUUAUUAUUUUGACAUCAUUAAAGAAUAUACAGAAAUAAAAAAAAUUUCCUAACC